GCUCAUGCAAUGUCACGACCAACUAUUUGGACAGAUGCCUGGAACAAUUUGCAUACCCUUCGAUCAAACAUGUGGAUUGAUGCGACAGUGGCAAACUUUUAUCUUUCACAUGUCUGGUAUGAUCGGCAAGCCCAAUCCUGCAUGAGAUAUCUGGACAUGUAUGCAGCUAUGGCUAUUGACCUAUGCGCCGAUGAGCUGGAAAGCAUAAGGAGGAACCACUUCAUCCCUCAAAACGCUACAUGUACUGAUAGCUAUGAAUUCGAGUACAUCGCACAUGAGAACCGUUACAAAUCGGGAGAUGAAGGAGGACAAAAGGACUAUGAAGGACCACAUUGUGAGCGCUCAAAUAAUCUCACAGCUGAUUUGAGGAACUCAAUGAGGAGCCAUUUCUUGCCUCAGAGAGGCACAUGUCCUGUGGUCCCUGUCGGAUUCAUAGUCCAUCAUUCCGAUCACUUCUUCGCAGUCAUUUUUGACUAUCGACGAUGCACAGCGCAUGUCAUGGGUCGCCAUAUUCCUGACUCAGUAAUGGACGUCGAUGAAGUGGAUUUACAUGAUUGGAAUGAUUGGAGUGGGCCACAAUACUGGAGGAGAAUUGCAUCGCUUCAUGGCUGGAGUACAGGGGAUGUCAGCGAUGUGUCCGUGAUACACAAGGAUUGGACACAGAAUGGAGUGGACUGUGGUCCUAUUACUUGCUCCAUGCUUGAGCAAUGCCUCACCUCAGGAUUAGAUGAGCAUGGCAACCUGCCAGCGCUUCAAGUCCAAUGCGGCCACAUACUGCGCAUCACCAUGUUGCAUAAAAUCGCCGGGCGCAUCAAACUCAGCUGCAGCGACUACCUGAUUCUACUGGACGGUCCGCAAGAUUAUUGGAGAGAGGAUGAUGUGCCAGAUGAAGAUGUUAUCUCUGCGAUUCAAAAUGGGCGGCACCAGGCUGAGUGCCUCGAGCUCAUGCGUAAAUUGACUAUCUUGAGCGCCACUUGCUCGAUGUGUCAACGUCCCAUUCUACACCAGGAUAAUGAAAUCCCCUCCCAAAAUGAGGAUAAUGGAGAUAUGAACCUAGUCGAUCAGGAUGUCCCUCGCUCUGUUGGAACACACCUCGAAUUGGAACCAGAGAUACUACCUCAUGUAAAUUAUGCAGGCGACUCCCAACGCUCCAAAUCUGCCUUAGCAUCUCGGAGGCGAGUGAAAAACUUGAAUCUAGGAAGCAACAAACGAUUUCCACGUCCAAUUCCACCACUCCCCCUUUCUGCAUAUUCAGGUAGGAGGUGGCUCAAGGAUGACCUCGCAUUCGACGAUUAUGAAGGUGGGCCUACAAUCGAGAUGUUGAUAAAACCCAGGGAUAUAAAUCCAACGACGACGUUGUGUGCUGGGGAAAUCCAACUCUCUACUGCCUGGGUAAAUUGGGUCGACCAUGGAUAUCGCAUCACGCCUAGCUCAUUCCAUAUAUUCUAUCAAUGCGACCCCACGGCCACCAUGGACCACAUCAUGCCUAUUGGAACGACCAGCUCCUAUGAUGCUUCAAAUCAGAUUCCAGAUCGAGUGACGGGUGCAUACAGCCUUGCACGCCUCGGUCCAUAUCAAGAAGCACGGCACACGCAUGUUACAGAUGUGGAAAUCCUCUCUGCUUCCGAACUCAUCGAUUCAGCGCAAUACGACCCCCCUCUGCAUGAAGAAUGUAGGUUCGGACACAAUGCCUUUGUCCGUGGCCACACAAGUCAUAGAUAUGGUGAUGGCCCUGCAUUAUACGUCGACCUGGAAAGAGAUUCAAUCACAUUUUCAGAGGAUGAGAUAGAGACAUCGGUGGACAUAGACAGUAUAAUUUGGACGACAAAGGUGUUCCGAUGCAAGGGUUCUGUGGGGAUCUACAUCACUCCGCCAUUUCAAACAAAGCCUGGCAUAUUCAAGCACAAUCACACAUAUGUCGACAUUAUAAUACCGCAGUCAGAAGAGGAUGCCAACAGUCCUGGUGGAAGAAUGGAAUGGCUGUCCAAAAGAUUUCCCAUGUCUGCCAUCCCUCACGCCUCUAUUGGGCGCAUAUCCUCCGCUUCCUCGACACUCAAUCUUUAUGUUGCAUUCCCAAGGAUGAUACAUCAACAUCCGAUGAAUGGUCGUAGAAUCACCCUGAUGCCAAAAGAGGUCUUGGAUAUCUUUUGGGAUAGAGUGCUGCUGCCAUCCGUAGGAGACUGCACCGACGUCAGCUGGGCGCCUUACCUCAAGCACACUUUGGAGGAGGCAAGAUAUAAGGCGAGAGGUAGAGAUGGACGCAAAGGCGGAUGGGGACCUCCAAAGACGAUGCCCCUCUCUGAUGAUGACUUCAGAGAUGUUCAGAACCGUAUGGAAGCUCGCAUACGUGAUGGAGGGGGAGAGCUUAGUAUGUAUGGAUCGUUGUUCUUUAUUCUGGAGGGAAAGGGAAUCAAGCUCCUGACAAAGGAUGGACAGAGAGGCCGUUUCUCAGGACCAGAGGAGGCCCUGCGUCGAAAUCUGUCCGACCUUGACUGGUCAUAUAUGAUGGACCGGAGGCAUGGGGAGCUUCUGGUCGAUGUGGGCAUCUCAUUCACGCCUCGCUCUCCAGAUGUUCCUGUCGUCGGGGUGUGGAGAUUAGAUGCGUUGGAGGCAUCGUUUGGUGCGGGAGGCUACAAGCGAGGCGAGAUACAUCACCAUAACAUGCUGUCCAGAUAUGGCGCGCUGCAGGCAGAAAUGCAACAGGAAAGGUCGCAGCAGACGCACAUAGCAUUCAGGAGCACCUAUAAUCUAUACUACGAGUCGAUCCGCACGAACAACAACCAGGCGAACUUUGCUUCCGACAGCGAUGCAUACAAGCUAUCUCCUUCAUACAUGGCUGAAUGCUUUGACAUCAUGAAGGUGGUCGAUCAUUGCAAAGGGAAGACAUACGGUGUUAGAGAUGAGUAUAGGGUCAGUGGUAACGCAGCAAGGAUCAUGUUGGACAAUAUAGAAAGCAAGGCUAUUCAAUAUCUGCAAUCAGAUCCAAUACUAUGGAUCCCAUCCACAAUCUGGUUCGAGCUUAUCAGGCGACGUGUACGGGAGAUUCAAAGGACCCAAAUAAGCAUUGUAAAAAAGAACCCUCCAAAUCUUGGCAUCCUGACUGGUCUGCUAAACCACAUGCUUCGCUCGACUACAUCAACCCCUAUCAUCUAUGACUCCCAUGUCCGUGAAUCCCUCACCCUCCUUGAAUACAGGAAUGUACUCGAGACAGCAGGAAUGUUUUUCUUGCAGGAUUUUGAUAUAAACAGCGACACAUGCUUGGAGGAGGUGCAGCAAAUCGAUGAUGUUAAUGUUUUGGGACUUAUGGGCGUAACCGCAAAGGCGCAAAGGGACAGAGCAGUGGGAAGGAUGGAUGCAUGGCGAAGCAAUGAGUCAGAAUCAAAAGAUUAUCCUCUUGGUCGGACGCCAACCUGGACUAGCCUCAAGACAGCCAUCUUACACUCACCUGGGACGAUCAUGAGAGAAUGGUCAUGGACGUCCAGGAUGUCCAACAUUCAACUCACUGUUGGACGUUUGGUCGUAAUGUUCACAAGGCAUAUGUGGCUCAUGCUGACGCAAGAAGUCAUGAAAGGCAUCAUACCCUACCCUAACUCGCUUUAUGAUGCCAUGAAGUGCUGGACAAUAACAAGCAUCGACGAUACACUCGCUUCCGUCGCUUUUGAAGCCUGCAAUGCUGGUUUACAUGACCAUACAGGCGUAACUCCAGGUCGCUUGGGUCCCAAGUCAAGAGCCUUUGUGGACAGAUGCUCAUUAUUUUUUCCUGACCCUGAUGCUCCCCAUAAGAGCAAUGCUCAGUGGUGUCUACUGUGGGAAGGAGAUGGAUACAUCGCAGAAUUCCAUAGGACAAUGAAGACAUUAGAUGGGGAUCAGCAGGAGUCGCUAAAGCAAGGUUUACGUGAUGUAUUUUCUGAACUUCACUGUCUACCUGCGAGUGGUGCGAGGGUGUGGAUCCAAAAGAAGGAUGCCAUAGUAUUCAUAACAAAUCCUGCAUUUUACAGGAUCGACCGCAUUGGAAGAGGGGGCGAGAGUCAGAGGAGAGCUCCAAGAGCGCGUCGGACUAUGAAGGUGAUCAAAGGAAAGCGCAUAUUUGCGGCUGAUCUGAUGGACUCGCAACCAUUUGACACCGAUGGGAAUUUGAGAAGGAAGACAGAGAGGCAAAAGCAUCGGGAGAUUCACAAAAAGAUGACUAUGGAAAAGAGAAACAAAAGGGUACCCCCACCCCCACGUCCUCGCAAGUCCAGGCCAUUCCCAAUGGGUGAAUCAGCACAUGUGGCGACAGAUGAUGAAAUGGAUGUGGAUUAG